AUGGCACCUCAGAAGCUUAAGAUUGCUGCUGCUGGCCUCGGCCGCAUGGGUAAACGACAUGCGAUCAACUUCCUUGAGCGAGCACCCCGCGCGGAGCUCGUGGCCGCCUUCACCCCCGACCCUACCGAAAUGGCCUGGGCCAAGGUAAACCUCGAACCUCAUGGGGUUAAGCUCUACGAUAAUUAUCUGAGCAUGAUCGAACAAGAAGGUCUCCAGGCUGUUGUCAUUGGUACUGCUACCUCUGUCCAUGCCGAGGAGGCUAUCCAGGCCAUGCAAAAGGACCUUCACGUUCUGUGUGAGAAGCCUCUAUCUACAAGCAUUGACGUGUGUCGCCAAGUCGUAGCCGAAGCCAAGAAACGACCCCACCUGAAGGUCAUGUGUGGCUUUUCCCGCCGAUUCGACGAGUCCUAUCGCGAUGCCUUCAGCAAGACCCAACAGGGUGCCAUCGGCCGACCUACAAUUAUCCGCAGUCAGACUUGCGAUAAGCACGACCCCUCAGGCUUUUUCGUUGAAUAUGCUGCUUGGUCAGGUGGUGUUUUUGUUGAUAUGUCUGUGCAUGAUAUCGACCUGACCCUCUGGUUCUUCGGCGAUGAAGUUACUCCCAAAAGCGUUUCAGCUCACGGUGUCCGUGCCGUCCAGCCUGACUUGGCCAAAUACAAUGACUAUGAUAACGCUGUUGGAAUCGUCGAGUUUUGGGGUGGUAAAAUUGCUUACUACUACUGCUCCCGAAUGAUGGCUCAUGGUCAAGAAGAUACCACAGAGGUCAUUGGAACAGAAGGAAAAUUGACUGUCAACGGAAACCCCCAGUCCAACCUUGUCAACUACUAUAACUCCAAUGGCAUCACCCGUGAGGUGCCCGCGCACUAUUACGGACGUUUCGAAAUGGCCUUUGUCCAAGAGUCGAUUGAGUUCACGGAAGCCUGCCUCGACAAUAAGCCUCUACCUCUCAAGCUAACAAAUGCUGUGAAAGCUGUUGAGAUUGGUGCUGCCCUACAGGAAGCUCUUGUGACCGGAAAGCAAAUCAGGUUUGACGAGAUUGGACGUCGCGUUGAGGAGGCUAAGCUGUAA